AUGUCGAUUGAUUGCUUAUAUCAGCGUUCUUUGUUCCAUCCCUCGUUCCUGCCUGCCAACCCGAGUUCUUCCGCUGAAUCCGUUUUGAAAAUGCCAGCUUCCUCGGGUCCCAGCAUGCCGGAUUACCAAUCGUUGGCCCCACCUUUGUUGAAGCGCCCUUCCGUGGCUUCUCCCUAUUCAUCCGCCACCUCCCCCGUCUCUCCCAUCAGCUUUGAACCAAAGAAUAACGACACCCUUUGGAUGGGAGAUCUUGAAAGCUGGAUGGAUGCUACCUUCUUGCAACAGCUUUGGGCUUCUCUUGGCGAACCCGUCAACGUGAAGGUGAUGCGUUCGAAAACUGCCUCUUCCGAUGCUUUGAUCAGCUACUGCUUUGUUCAAUUCGCUUCUUCUGCUGCUGCCGAUGUUGCUCUCAGAAAGUACAACAACACCGUCAUUCCUGGUGCUCAUUCCCUCUUUAAGCUGAAUUGGGCUACAGGUGGUGGCAUUCAUCACGCCAACUAUGUCAACAGAGAACCUGAAUACAGCAUUUUUGUUGGUGAUUUGCUUCCUACUACCCAGGAUUCCGAUCUUUUUUUUACUUUCCAUACCAUCUAUCCUUCUUGUACCUCGGCCAAGAUUAUCGUUGACCCCGUCACCGGGCUAUCCAGAAAGUAUGGCUUUGUUCGCUUUUCUAGCGAAAAGGAGCAACAACAUGCUCUUAUCCAUAUGCAAGGUUACUUGUGCCAUGGCCGUCCCUUGCGUAUAUCUGUUGCUGCACCAAAGUCUCGUGCUUCAAUAGCCGCUGAUUCUGCAUUAGGGAUUGCUUCCAAUCCCACCUCCAACAGACAACCCAAUCAGGAUUUGUGCAGCGUUGAUCCAUUGAAUACCACUGUUUUUGUUGGUGGUCUCUCCAACGACUUGGCAGAGAAGGAAUUGCAGCUCUUUUUCCAACCUUUUGGCAAAAUCUUGAACAUUAAGAUUCCUUACGGUAAGGGAUGUGGUUUUGUUCAGUUCAAUGACAAGUUUGCCGCCGAGCAUGCUAUUAAUGCUUUGCAAGGUGCUUUGCUUGGUUCCUCUCACAUUCGUCUUGCUUGGGGACAUAAUACACUCCCUGCUUCGGCCCUCGAGAGAGCCAGUGAUGACAGUGAUGAAGCUGCUUUUACAGCUGUUGGGUCAAAUAAUGCACCUGCUCCCGGCAAUUUGGUUGGAGCAAAUGCUAGCAACCUCAAGGGUGGUCCAGUUUCUCCUAGAAGUGCUGUUGCUGCCCAGUCUUUGCUUCCCAAUUCUAUUGUCCAUUCCUUGAAUGGAAUGGAACCUCUGAAUGUUACCCCAUUAUCCCCUCCUCCCUUGUCUCGUUCUGCUUCUAUUUCCCCCGCCUUGAGUGGUAGUGCUUCCGGUAUGACUCCUCUUUCUUCCAAUUUUUCUCAUAACGGUGGACAGCAAGUACCUUCCUCGGUUUUGCAUGCUGCCAGUAUGAAUACUACACCAAAGCCUCAGGCUAACGUGAAGCUUCCUGAAUGGCUGCAAUCAUAUGCCGGGGAAAAUCAAUCCUCUGCUGGAAGUCAAGACAUUUUGGCCUCUCGAAUGUCGUCUUUGAAAUUGAUGGACGAUGAAGCGUUUGGUUACCCUGCCGCUUCUAUUGGCCGUUCUAAUUCUUGGUAUCCCUUUGGCAAGGAACGUCAGUCCUCUCUGGUAGAUGUUGCUGGCGAAAGAGAAAAGCUGGAAUCUUUAGUGGAUAGACGUUCGAUUGGAGCAGGUGCUAGUGUUAGUGCUAAAAAUCGGUUAGCCCGCCCUUAUUCCUUCGGCCCCAGUGGCUCUCAAUUUUUACAACCCACGUAUCGCCUCCCCCGUGAUGUAUGA